AUGGUAAAUGGUGAUAAUAAAGUUGCAUCUUUACAUUCCAUGAAAAUUAUCCCUAUAGCCAGUUUGGUACCACAGAUGCCAGCAGUUAAUUUAGAAUUUAUGGUUCUUGAAAAAGGGGAAAUACAAACAGCAGCAAAUAGAAGAAUAUUUGUAGUUGUUAAAAUAGCUGAUAAGACAGGAUCUUGUCAAUUAACAAUAUGGAAUGAAUUUGCAGAAUUUGUACGUAUUGGUGAUAUAUGUCGAUUAGCUGAUGGAAUUGUACAAGUAUACAAAGGAAAAUUAGGUGUUGUUUGUGGAAAGAAUAGUAAAAUAAUGAAAUUUGGAGAAUUCUUUUUAAAUAUUUCUGAAGUUCCAGAUGUUUCAACAUACAAAGAAGAGUAUAGACAAUACGGCAAAGAAAUCAGUAAUUUAUAA